CUUGAUUGAUCUGCCACCACCACCCUCACAGUGCACCGCGACAGCUGCCACCUUCCACCUAGCUGCACCCUUCUUCCGACCAAUCUACACAUCUCGACUGUGGGUGUGUGGUCUACCAUUGCCUGCAAUACUGCAACUUCUUUUUCUGACCUCCACGGAAUCGGUCAUUCCACUUUCUCCCCGCGCCUGCCUGUGCCUGUGCCAGCGCCAAAACCAGCGCCAGAAACGUCAAAGCCAACACCACCGAUCCUUCGCCCUGCACUGCGCAUUCCAACUACCUUUGAAUUUUCCUAGAGCGAGGUUCCCAUCGUCAAGAUGGCCGACAACAACGGUAUUAUGGCGCCGACCACGCUGAAACGCAAGAAUAAAAAGGGUCUGUCUCUGGCUGCUCCAACCCCGCCGCCUCCACGCCCCGCAGAGGCCGAAAAAACAGACUUGGAGAUCGGCAUCGAAUACAAGUUGGACUUGAAGAGAGAGGAUCUCGAGGUAAUGAAGGAGCUCGGACACGGAAAUGGAGGAACGGUUAGCAAAGUACGACACCUGGCGACAAACAUGGUUAUGGCGAGAAAGGUAUGCCAGAGAGAUUCUUUCCCGUGCAACGGAUGCAAACAUGAGCUAAUGAACGCACUUGCUAGGUCAUCCACGUUGAAGCUAAAACCGAGAUGCGGAAAAGAAUCGUUCGAGAACUCCAGAUUAUGCAUAGCACCAAUUCCAUCUUCAUCGUCAAUUUCUAUGGUGCCUUCUUGAGCGAGAAUAGCGACGUUAUUAUGUGUAUGGAGUACAUGGAUGUUGGGUACGUCGACAUAUUGUUUUGGUAAAAGUGGAUGCUAAUGUAUCUCUUAGUUCCCUAGAUAGUAUUUCCAGGCAUUUCGGUCCAGUACGAGUCGAUGUUCUUGGUAAGAUCGCAGAAGCAACUCUUGGAGGACUGACUUACCUUUACACCACCCACCACAUCAUGCACCGAGACAUUAAGCCUUCAAAUAUUCUAGUAAACUCCAAGGGCCAAAUCAAGCUAUGCGAUUUUGGUGUUUCAGGAGAGCUGGUCAAUUCGGUCGCAGACACCUUCGUUGGUACAUCUACCUACAUGGCGCCCGAAAGAAUCCAAGGACAAAAGUACACGGUUAAAUCUGAUGUCUGGAGUUUCGGUUUGUCCAUCAUGGAGUUGGCCAUUGGUAAAUUUCCGUUCGAUGCCAGUGAACAACUAUCAGAUGGAGAUGGAGCACCUGCCGGUAUUCUUGACCUUCUUCAGCAGAUUGUCUAUGAGCCAGCACCAAGACUUCCAAAGAGCGACGCCUUCCCAUCCAUUCUCGAGGAUAUGAUUCAGAAGUGUAUGGCAAAAACCCCAGAGGAUCGACCAACCCCUGCAGAGCUAUAUGUAAGUCCUCUUUGAGAUGCUGCUCAUCAUUUCUCGCUAACCAUUUUUAAGGAGCGUGAACCCUUCGUACAAGCAGCCAAACGAACUCCAGUAGACUUGAAGGAAUGGGCAGUUGGCAUGAUGGAAAAGGACAACCGUAAAUCUCAUCUUGCGCCUCAACUAUCCCCCUCAACCCAAGCCCUCCUUCGUUCCAGCGACUCUCCUACAACUCAAGGCCCUUCUCCAUCAAACGAUUAUUCCCUUCCAACACCCACCUCUGGCGAUAUCCCAAUUGGAAAGAUAGACGUACGCUCUGCUGCAGCCUUACCACAUGAGAACGGUCGAUCGCCUACUAAGAAUGGUUCCAUGAGCCUUGGCCGUGCUUCAGGAGCAGCUGUUCAUCCAGGCCUUCCUGCGCGAGUAGCCACCACCAACUCGGUACCAAGAUUGACUACUAUCAAUGGUCCAGAUAGCAGUUCAAGCGGUCCUUCGAGUGCAAAUGCUGCUACAUUCAGUACAACCACACUCCCAAUGCGACCUGCACCUCCCGCUGGCCCUCUACCACCACCACCAGUUCCAAAGAAAGAAGGCGGCGAUCACGACAGCGGUCGAAAGGAAAACAGAAGACAGGCAACGUUCGGGAACAACGGCUUAUAUGGAAACACAUACCCAGCAGGAGGAGCUGGCUCGGGUGCUAAUUACUAGAGUCUCUCUCGGGGGUUUGGGUUUUUCACUUUGAAUAUGGUUGUUACACUUAUUCAUGCAUAUCCUCGGCGUUUCAGCCUACCUUUUGACAUAUGUCGAGAUUUUCU